AUGGAAAAAUGUUUGACUUAUAAUUGGAUGAUAAAAAAGACAAAGAAUUGCCAACUAAAUUGUUGUAACUAUCAUCUCCAACUCUAAUCUACUUAUAUCCGUACUCAAGAUAAUUAUGAAUAUGAAUAUUAUUAAUAAAUUAUCCUUAUAUAAUAACAUUCUCUGGUGAUGACAAAACUAUAGUAAUUUUCAAUUUGAAGUCUAAAGAAAAAACUUUUUGAGAAGAAGACAGCAAAGUAUAUAAAGCAAUAGGAUUACUCUAACAAGAUAAACAUAUUAUAUUAGGUAGUUAUAACCCAAAAAUUAAGAUUUGGGAAAUAUCAACAAGAAUAUGUUAAAUGGUCAUACAAAACCUAAUUUAUAUCUAUAAGUAUUAUAAUAGACUAAGUUUAUGGUUGUAAGUGGAGAGGAGGAUAGUGUAAUUAUAAGAAAUUUUUGUAUGUUAAAGAGUAAAAUGAAUUAGAAAUAUUGUUAUUUUAGGCCAUUUAGUAAUAUUGUACAAUUUUAAGUGGAAAUAAGAAAAUAAAAAUAUUAAUUAUAGAGAUGGUUCAAUAAAGGUUAUAAAUACAGCUUAAUCUGGGGAGAUGAGAGACAAACAAUAGCUGAAUUGAAAAAUUCACAAAUAAUAUGUUAAUUGCAUAAUAAAUUGAGAGAGUAAGAUCAAAAUAUAGAAUUGAAAAGAAAGUUUUUGUUUGAAUAAUUAGGGAGUAGGAAAAGGAUAAAUUAAGUAUUAUUAAAGUUUCAUUUUAAAAAUAAUGUGAUUGGUGGAACUGUUUUAGGAGAGAUUCUAUAAUGGAAAAUUUGUAAAUAAGAAUAAAAAAAAAAAUGUGAUUGUUUAUAAAAUUAUAAUUUAAAUACAAAAAGAUGUCUAAUUAUAGCCUGAUGUUUAAGUAUAUAAUCAUAGGGGAUACAGGUUUAAUAAUUAAAUAAUGAUUAGGAGUAGGAAAGUCAAGUAUCCUUUUGUAAUUGAUUGAAAAUGAAAUUAGAGAAUAACAUGAUGCCACUAUAGGUGUUGAAUUUGGAGCUAAAAUCAUUAAAGUAAAUGGAAUGAAUAUCAAAUUGUAAAUAUGGGAUACUGCUGGUUAAGAGAACUUUAGAUCUAUUAUUCGUAGUUAUUAUAGAUCAGCUAUUGGUACUGGAAAAUUAUAUUUGAAGGUGCUCUACUAGUUUAUGAUAUUACAAAUAGAAAUUCAUUUCAUAAUCUAUAAAGAUGGAUGGAAGAAAUAAAAAAUAAUGGGAAUGCCAAUAUGAUAAUUGUACUAUGUGGUAAUAAGAUUGAUUUGGAAUCUGAGUAAUUAACAUAGAUUUUAUGUAGAGACGAGCAGUAACAUAUGAAGAAGGAUGGUAAUAUGCCUAAUCAUAAUCAUUGAUAUUUCUUGAGAUAUCAGCUAAAUAGGGCAUCAAUGUUUAAUCAGCAUUUUAUUAAUCUACAUAAAGAAUCUUGUAAGAAAUAGAUGAUUAAAAAAUAUUACUUGGAUAAGAUGUAAAUGAUCUUAUUUUAUUGUAGCCAGGUAUUAAGAUUGGUGGAUAGUAUAAAAAAAAGGAUAAAGAAAUAAAAGUAAUAAACACUUAUGAAGAAGCUGUUUAGUUGAAAACAAUAGAUACUCCUAAUGGAAAUAAUUGUUGUUGA